AUGAGGCAUCAUCUCAUUUUUGUAUUCGUAUUUUUGAUUCAUCUUCAACUUAUCACAAGUUUGACACCACAAAAAGUUUGCGAAGGAUUCCUGUUGGAUUGGUGGAAAUAUUGGGGUUUGCGAGAUGCUAACAUAUUUCAUGCAGAUUAUAAAAAAACCGAAAAUGGAAUCGAUGUUACAGGUUUGAAUCAACAUUUCAUUUAGAUACUCAACUCUUUAUAUUCAGAAAAAUUUAUGAAUGACUGGAUGUUUCGAGAAGAUUCAUCUGUAAAAUCGUAUAUUAAAAAAUACGAAAACGCUCUGGAAAACAAAGAUAAUUUUUGGGAGAAAUAUUGGGAUAGACAUAUUGCUAGAUUCACUGCGGAUGGACUUUUGGAAUUGAAAACAUUCAGUGAGAAAAGCAAACUUAACAUGCGAAAUCUCAUGAUUCCGGAUCCAAAUAUGCAAGGAGGAUACAAAAUGUUCAAACAAUUCAAGUAUUAA